UGGGCUUGGGGCAACCUGCAGUCCCUUCUGUGUAUGGAGCAUGUGGCAGCCCCAGGGCCCCCUCCUCGGGCCACUGAGAAUGUUCUGCCACGGGCCGAGGCCUGGCUGCCAGGAGUCCCUGGGGGAGCCCCAGGCUGGGCCACCAACCUUGGGACAGAGCUUCCCUCAGACCUAGAGCUGAGUGAGGAGCAGCAGCUGCAGGUCUGCAAGGAGCUGGUCGACCUGCAGAUCAAAAACCAGCGCCUGCAGGAGCAGCACGAUGCUGAAAUCUUUGAGCUGAAGAGUGAGGUCCUGUGGCUGGAGAGCCGUGUGCUGGAGCUGGAGCUGCAGGGAGCGCGGGCAGCCCCAGCAGAGGCUGAUCCAGGGCGCCGCCCGGCCCUGGCACAGGAGCUCGGGCACAAGGCCGGGGGGCAGGGACAGUCCUACAGUCGCAGACUCCAGGCACAGUCCACAGACUUCCUGACCCCCAAGAACAAGCAGCAGGAUCUGGGGGACGGCACAGGUGUUCAGCCACCCAGCCCGAAGCUGCCAGCAGAGGCAAAGCAGGCGCAGGAGCAUCACAGGGCUCGGCAGAAGGCCCUGGAGACGCACAUGGCAGCCCUGGGCCGGCAGCUGCAGGGAGCCUGGGAGGAGGCCAGGACAGCUGGGCAGCGACUGGCUGCACAAGCUGUGGUGUUGUCUGCCUGUCGGGGCCAGCUCCACCAGGCUGAGGCAGAGAACGCCCGGCUGCAGCUGCAACUCAAGAAGCUGAAUGAGGCGUAUGCCAUUCGACUGCAGCACUGCGCCCGAACUGUGGCUGGAUACGCAGAUGGCGCAGGCCCGAAGCCCACAGCCGCAGCCCUUCGGACAUUCCUGGAGACCACUCUGGAGGACAUUAGGGCAGCUCAUCACAGCCGUGAGCAACAGCUGGCCCGGGCCGCCCGCUCCUACCGCAAGUGCCUGGCAGAUCUGAGCCGGAGGCAUGAGGAGCUGCUGAUCGCUCACAGUGUGCAGCAGAUGCUGGUGGACCCUGUCGGGGCCCCUGGGACCCCCAGGGCUGCCUUUGGUGCGGCCCCCUCAGAUGUGGCGCUGCUGCCCCUGCACACAGUCACCGAAUUCAGCCACUGGACGGAGGACCAGGCCAUGCUGGAGAAGCAGCUCCAGAAGCUCAAGGCCCAGAAGGGAUCCAGUGAAGUCUCCCAGGGGGGCACAUUAGAGCCGCAGGGCCUGGAAGCUGCGUCCUGGGCCCAGAUCCGCCAGAAUCUACAGGAGUUCGCCCGUGGCACCCAGGCAGAGCUGGAGCGGGAGCGGGCACAGCUGCUGGUCCGCGCCACAAUGGCAGAGGAGCAGCUUUCUGAGCUACAGGAGUAUGUGGACCAGCACCUGGGAAGGUACAAGCAGGAGAUCCUGAGGCUGAGAAAGCUGGUGGGUACAGGGGACCCCUGGAAAGUGGGGGCCAUACCUUCAGAUAAGCCCCAGCACCCAAGGACCUGCAGCCACUAACUGGUCAACAGGCAAACCUGGAGCUGAACUCUUCAUAGUCAACCAGCAUGGCGCUCUCCCCACAGCACCCCCUGGAAGAUGACUUCACCCAGCCCUCCAGCCAACAAGAAGCAGGGUGGGGUCUUCCCUUAUGGUCCAGUGGCUAAGUCUCCACACUCUCAGUGCAGGGCGCCCUGG